AUGGCAAGCUUCCUGGCUGUUUUUUCAGCCCACAAGGCUCUUGAUGAUCAUGGCAUGGACAUCCCAGUCAUUCCAAAGUUCACCACUGGGCUCGCUGUUCAUCCUGAGGAAUUUCCCUACCGCAUUGUCCAGCGAUUCCCGUGUACAUCUGAGACACUAACACACUUGACUGGCUUAGGUACACUAACACGUGGUAACAGAGCAAUCGUGAUCAUGUACAAUUACGAGGCAGGACUUCUGCAUCACCACCCUCGAGUCCUAUGGGACAUUGAUCACUCCUCGUGUCCGUUGGUCAUGAACUGGAUCACAAUGGGGGGUCGAAGUACAUGGGUCCAGCAUGCCAGUGGCGCCGGCAAUACUGCGGUUCCAAAAUGUGAAACUAAUGUAUCCAGGCAAAACUGGCUACACAUGCGCGACAAAUCUCAAGAGGAUGACUCUACAUCUGACAUAGUACUUGCCAGUGAAGCGAAGCGUCGCUAUCCGCACCAUCAAAUGACGGACUUGCAAGCCCAAGCACAGGCAACACACUGCGCGAAAUAG